AUGGGCCGCAAAGGCAGCCAGUUUAUCGACAAACUUCGCCUUUUUGUAAAAGCUGGUUCAGGCAGUCCAGGCAACCCAAAGAUCCGUGGAAAGGGUGGCAAUGGAGGUAGCAUUUUUCUUGCUGCCGAAGAUAAUCGGACGCUGGAGGAUGUUCUUCUCUCCAACCCGAAAAAACGCUUUAUUGCUAAGUCGGGUCGUCCAGCCAGCUCUCGCCGUGGUGUCUGUUUGGCCGCCAAUGCUGAAGACAUUGUGGUCAAAGUUCCUGUCGGCAUCACCGUCUCCGUAAGUUCAACUGCGCGAGGGGCUUCCGGUUCACAGCGUUUACUUGGUGAUAUUAACGAAGCCGGCCAGAAGUUAUUGGUUGCCAAAGGUGGU